UUAGUUUUCCUGCAUAGCACGCAGAAAAAAUACAAUAUUUCAAGCACACUACCGAGACUUCUCUGGCACACCACCAAGACUCACAGGCGUUCUGGGUGGUUACUGGCGGAGACAUUGCUGCCAUGUGGAUGUACGUGCUGGCCCUGGUCUUGCUGUACUAUGUAGUACGCUGGUACCGUGAGCUGGAGAGAGUUCCAGACAGAAACAACAAGUACGUUUACAUCACUGGCUGUGACUCCGGGUUUGGGAACCUUCUAGCCCGCCAUUUGGACAAGAAGGGCUUCUGUGUUGUGGCAGCAUGCUUCACGGAGAAGGGAGAAGAGGAGCUAAAAAAGUCCUGCUCCUCCAGAGUGUCUUCAGUCUCACUGGACGUACGGAAGCCUGAAAGCAUUGACAAGGCUGCAGAUUUUAUCAAGGAUCUAGUAGGGCAAAAAGGUCUAUGGGCCGUGGUCAAUAACGCAGGGGUCUCAGUGCCUUCGGGUUCCUGUGAUUGGAUGACCCUGAAGGACUACAAGGACAUGCUGGAGGUCAACUUGAAUGGAGUCAUUGGAGUGACUCUAAGUGUCCUCCCGCUCAUCAAGAAAGCCAGGGGUCGUGUCGUCAAUGUGGCCAGUGUGUUUGGGAGGAUCGGUGCAGUUGGGGGCCCAUACUGUGUAUCUAAAUUCGCCGUGGAAGGAUUCAAUGACAGCCUCAGGAAGUGCAUGCACCCAUUUGGAGUGAAAGUGCUGUGUAUUGAGCCUGGUUUCUUCAAGACCAUGGUCACUGAUUCAGAUGUUAUAAUAAACAAUGUUAAAAUGCUUUGGGGGAAAAUGCCAAAAGAAACUAGGGAGGACUACGGAGAUAGUUACAUAAACCAAGUGGAGAAGCUGACAAAAGAGAAUCUCUCCAGGAUGGCGGACAGUGACUUGAUGAAAGUCGUGUCCUGUAUGGAACAUGCGGUCUCGGCUGUGCAUCCGCGCACCCGUUAUUCUCCUGGCUGGGAUGCAAAACUCUUCUGGCUGCCCCUCUCCUAUGUCCCGACCUGUGUUUCUGACUACCUCCUAAUGAAAGGCAGAAUCAAACCAGCCAAGGCGGUUAUCUAAGUGCCAUUCAGGCCAUUCCUACUGGUGGGUUUGGUAUCCAGCAUACUGGAUUUGAAAUUAAGAAAUGGCUGUGCGUGGCAAAAUGCCUGCUUUAAUUUGAGGAAAUUUAGCGCUACAUUGUGUUAACCUAAUUUAAUGGGAUCAAAUAUAAUAAACUAAUUUACAUAAUCUUAAUUAAAAUGUUAUUUUCUAUAUAGAUGGUUGCAAAACCUUGCAGUCAUUCCCCAUCCACUGAGAUUUGUACUUAAUGUGUUGCCUCUGAUUUAUUCAGACCAUCAGCUUCAUGAUGGUCUCUUUUACUUACACUGACACUUCUUUUGUCCAUGUUAAGAGACAACAGCAGUAGUUCAUACCACUUUAAGAAUCGACUCUACACUUUUAGCACUUAGCUCUCUUCUGCAAUACCUGAUCCCUGGCUGAUGAAUUACUCAGUAGCAAACAGCAAACUAGAAAGACGUGUUUGAAGGCAGUAAAGUCAUUUCUACAGUUUACCUAAUAUGGGGCCAUGAAUGGAACUGUCUAUCUGUGCCUUAACAUCAUAGUCACUGUUUCAUUUGGAAUUCAGUGUAAUAAAGUAGAGGUGGCACAUAUGUUACCCUCUGUUUAAUUUAGACUGUGAUUGUAUUUUACUUCAGUUAUAGGAAAAAUGCUAAUAAUCAAAGAUGGUUAGUUGUGUUUUGCAAAGUGUAACCUGUACUUGGAAUAAUCCGAUUUAGUGUUGGUUUUGUUUUCCCAUUUAUUUAUUAAGUAAAUGGCCCAUAAAAUUUGAGGGGGAAAAAUGUAAUGAAACUCUUCUUGUUGCACUUUGUGGAACAAGAGCAGUAUAUGUUUAUCUUGUGAUGCCUUGUAACAUGUCUAAAUUAAUUAUCAUUCAUUAACUUCGGUAUCAGCCGUAACAAGGUGCUAAAUAACAGUUAUAUCUGCCCAAGAAAUUCUAUAAUGGUGCAUCCCAAUAAUGGAGCAGAGGGCCAAAACAACAAAAACUGUAACUGUCUAUACGCUACUUAGUCUAUAAAGACACUUCAUCAUCACUACAUAUUCCUAUAUGCAGGGCAAGGUCAUUUAUAUCCCUAAAACUUGAAGAUCUUAAUACAUGCUCAUAAUGUCCACUGAGUGAUUACUUUGGGAUAUCUAUAGCAUAAAAGGCUACUUACAAUCAUAAACACAUGUAGAAUAAGUAUACAUAAAAAUCACCACAAAAACACAAACGCAAUACUAGAAUAAAACAUUCUUAGAAUACCAGAAUUCUAUCCUCUCCCCACUUCUCAAAUAAAACAGUCCUAAAUGCUAUCUUGUAUUCUACACGAGAGCUUUCCUGGACAGGCAUUCAGACUAUUGCAUGUGAACUCAAAUCUCUGGAAGGUCUAAGGUUCACUUGAUAGAAAAGGUCUUCAAGUUCCAGGGAUAUAAAUGGCCUUGACCUGCAGAUAGGAAAAUGUAGUGAUGAUAAAGUGUUUUUGUUGCGAAAGUGCCCAUGCUGAUGUGUGACUUUAAUCUUACUUAAAAGACAUUCUUAAGUAGUUAUGGCUGAUUAAAUGCAGAUCCUACAUAAUGUUUCUAAUUAGUUGUUUCACCUAGUAAUGGUUUUAUCUCUGAAUCUUCUCAAGAGAAGAACAUUUAAUACAAUUGCAUGGUUCUCAGACACUUGGCAUUAGCACAGUUCAUUAACUAACCUCCGUUUCUCCUCUCAGUAUUUCAGUAAAUAAUACAGCUAAACUGCAAGAGUUGCCGCCCUACCAGAAAUAUCUGUAGGUGAUACAGGAACUGCUAUAGCAGUGCCAGGAGAAAAAUGAGUCAUUAAUGCUGCAUCCUCAACACUAUGUAACAGCAUGGGCGCCUGCUGUAGCUAUAGUUAGCAACAGCACCACCGUGUGGUAAGAAUGAAACCUGCAAUGAGACGCUUACUGCAUUGCCCAUAAUGAGUCAUUCUUUUGCUUCUUUUUUUUGUGUCACUAGAAUUUGUUCAGGCAGUCUACGAAUGAUCUUAAAACUGACUUUCAGUUGUGGUCAUGGCAACAGCACUGAAUAUAAUGCACACAGUCUAAAAAAGCAGAUAUGAACUAAUGAGCAAGCGAAGCUAUGCUGCCCUCUUCCAAUGGCAGCACAGCAUUCAUUAAAAUCCAUGCAAUAGGAAAUCCUCAUAGAAACUCGGAAUGUUUUUAAUGUUCCAUUUCUGAAAGUGGUGAAUAAAUCAAAUACAGCAA